GGGGCGGGGAGCGCGCUUCGGCGGCAGCGGCGGCGGCGGCGGCCGUCCUCAUCCCGGCGGCCCAGUACCCGAGUGGACGCGGGGCUUCGCAAAUGGCUUGUCCCGCUCUCGGUCUGGAAGCUCUUCAGCCCCUGCAGCCUGAGCCGCCCCCCGAGCCCGCCUUCUCCGAGGCGCAGAAGUGGAUCGAGCAAGUAACGGGCAGAAGCUUUGGUGAUAAAGAUUUUCGGACAGGGUUAGAAAAUGGAAUCCUUCUCUGCGAGUUGCUGAAUGCUAUAAAGCCAGGACUUGUUAAAAAGAUCAAUAGAUUGCCUACCCCCAUUGCAGGAUUGGACAAUAUCAUCUUAUUCUUGAGAGGUUGUAAAGAGCUGGGCCUUAAAGAAUCUCAACUUUUUGACCCUAGUGACCUACAGGAUACGUCCAACCGAGUAACAGUCAAGAGCCUUGAUUAUAGUAGGAAGCUGAAAAAUGUAUUAGUUACGAUUUACUGGCUGGGAAAAGCAGCAAAUAGCUGUGCAUCCUACAGCGGAACGACGCUGAACUUGAAGGAGUUCGAAGGCUUGCUGGCUCAGAUGAGAAAGGAGACUGAUGACAUUGAGAGUCCUAAACGUAGUAUCCGAGACAGUGGCUACAUCGACUGCUGGGAUUCUGAGCGCAGCGACUCUCUCUCUCCCCCUCGCCACGGCAGAGAUGAUUCCUUCGACAGCCUGGAUUCCUUUGGCUCCCGUUCCCGGCAGACACCUUCGCCAGAUGUAGUCCUCAGGGGAAGCAGCGAUGGGAGAGGCAGUGACUCUGAAUCCGACUUGCCACAUCGGAAGCUGCCGGAUGUGAAGAAGGAUGACAUGUCUGCCAGGCGGACUUCCCAUGGUGAGCCGAAAUCAGCAGUGCCUUUUAACCAGUACCUCCCGAACAAAAGCAAUCAGACAGCCUAUGUCCCUGCUCCGCUGAGAAAGAAGAAAGCCGAGCGAGAGGAAUAUCGGAAGAGCUGGAGCACCGCCACCUCCCCUCUGGGUGGGGAGAGGCCCUUCAGCUAUCCCGAAACAAUAGAGGAAGAGGGAAGUGAAGUGGGGUUUCCUUGUGAAGAGGACCCAGUCGGCCAAAUGGAUCCUGGUGGGAAGCCUUCUGAUGGUGGGUUAGAAUUACCCACCUGCAGUGGUAAGGAGCAGCCUCCUCCAGAGGGCGCUGCGGUGGCACCAGCCCUCAAGCCUGACCUAAAAGACGCUGCUGAAAUCCAAAAGCGCAGAAGGCUAGAGCAAGCUGGAAUCAAGGUCAUGCCAGCAGCACAGCGCUUUGCCAGUUCCGUUUGCUCUCUCAGUCAAAAGCAAUUGAGUGAUGAGAAAGAAGCUGUUCGCGAUAUUGUUCUUCGCCAAGAAAACCCUUUCCUGACUCACCAACGUGGCAAAGAUUCAGAGUCAGAAGAUGAAGUUGCCCGUCAACGGCCUGAUCUUGAGAAAGAUGACUUUGCUGCAAGGAGAGCAAGGAUGAACCAGGCCAAGCCAACGGUGCCGCUGAAUCAACUCCUGUAUGGGCCUUACCGGAAAAAAGAGGCAGAGAAAUCAGAUAGCAGCAAACAACCCUCAAAGGGAAUCUCAGAAAAGAAAAGUCUAGAAUAUAAAAGGAACCAGGGCCAAACAGAAGAGGUGAAGUCAAUGGUGACCUGUAUUAUGCGGGCUCAGGAGAAUGAACCUGUGGAAGAGGGACUCAGGAAGGUGCCGGAUAUUUACAAGGAUGACCUGGCACAGCGGAGAAUUCAGGGCAGCCUGGCCCCUCACCGGGAGGCCCCAAGCUUUGUCAAGGUCUGCAAUAUAACAGAAGCUGACUUGGAGACGUGGGAGAGACUGAAGGUGUCAGGAAAGACGAGGGAUGGAGAUGUUGAGCACAUCUGCGCCCCUGAGCCUUCACCAGAAAUUAAAGCAGAAACUGCCAUCCGCGAUGACCUGGCCAGCCGCAAAGCGAGGGCCUAUAAGAAAGGUUCCAGCCUCCGGCAAAAGUUUGUGCACUUUGGACCUGUGACAGAGAUAGAUCAGCAGAAAUGGAAGCGGCUCAGCAUUGGCAAGGCUGGGCCUAGGGAGCAUGUAGCAGGCCUCAGUCCUAGCAGCAAGGUUCAAACCUAUCCUGUGUCCUCUGCCUCCUCGGCCACAUCCAGCUCAGAGGAGGACCGAAUGCUUAAUCCACAAAAUGACUGCAGAACCAUGAAUUCUGGCAUAGAUGACUGUGGCAAAAGGGUCUUGCGGCUGGCCCCCUUGCUGGAGACCCAGGAGGAACAUGUCUACAGUUUGGGUGCGUGCCCUAAGAGGACAGAGGGAGUUCCGUCCAAACAGCUGCCACAGGAUGGCAAAGAGGAGAAAGAAGGAGCUGCUCACAGAGGUUCUGAGAUGCCGCCAAAGGCUGAAAGAUCCGAGGAGAGCAGCCAGCCACUUUCGUGCCCUCUGGCCUCUGAGUGGGUGGCUUCAGGGAGACAAGAAAGCUCAGAGAAGAUGACAGCUCCUGCCGGGAGUGACAGUGGACUGAAAAACCAAAGAAAGUUGUAUGAUUCACAAAAAGAUGACAUGAUGGCCAGGAGAACUGGGAAGUCUCUUAGACAUAUUGGAUCCAACCCAAACCAGUUCCUUCCAGUUCCAUUUGCAAAGCAACAGGAUGUAGAAGAACCUUCCAAGGGACCACUGAUGAAAGAUCAAAGAUACGGUUCGAGAACUCCUGUGUCUGAUGACGCAGAGAGCACGAGUAUGUUUGACGUGCGGUGUGAGGAGGAGGCCGCAGUGCAGCCGCACAGCAGGGCCCGCCAGGAGCAGCUGCAGCUAAUAAAUAACCAGCUGCGGGAAGAGGACGACAAAUGGCAAGAUGACCUGGCUCGUUGGAAGAGCCGUAGAAGAAGUGCUUCUCAGGACUUAAUCAAGAAAGAGGAAGAAAGGAAAAAAAUGGAGAAGUUACUGGCUGGAGAGGAUGGGACAAGUGAACGAAGGAAAAGCAUCAAAACCUACAGAGAAAUUGUUCAAGAAAAGGAGCGGAGAGAGAGGGAGUUGCACGAGGCAUAUAAGAAUGCGCAGUCACAGGAGGAGGCAGAGGGGAUCCUUCAACAGUACAUUGAGAGGUUCACCAUCAGCGAGGCUGUUCUUGAACGCUUGGAGAUGCCAAAAAUCCUGGAAAGAAGCCAUUCAACAGAGCCAAACUUAUCCACCUUCCUGAUUGACCCCAACCCCAUGAAAUACCUGCGGCAACAGUCACUGCCUCCACCCAAGUUCACUGCCACUGUGGAAACCACCAUCGCUCGUACCAGCGUUCUGGAUACCAGCAUGUCAGCAGGCAGUGGGUCUCCAAGCAAAACUGUCACUCCCAAAGCAGUGCCUAUGCUGACACCCAAGCCUUACUCCCAGCCCAAAAAUUCUCAAGAAGUUCUGAAGACCUUUAAGGUCGAUGGGAAAGUCAGCAUGAAUGGAGAAACGGCUCACGGUGACGAGGAGGAGAAGGAAAGAGAGUGUCCCACCGUGACACUUGCCCCCUCAUUAACCAAAUCUCAGAUGUUUGAAGGUGUGGCCAGAGUGCAUGGGUCCCCAGUGGAGUUGAAACAAGACAACAAUAGCAUUGAGAUCAACAUCAAGAAGCCAAAUUCUAUUCCCCAGGAACUGACAGCAACCACUGAGGAAACUGCACCAAACAGUCAAGAAGAUGAGAAUGAUGGUGAAAAACCAGAAAAAGGGAAUACAGAACUUGCCUCAUCAGAAAACUUCAUUUCAGAGCCACAGCAUUUUACAACAACUGUGACUCGAUCCAGCCCGACCGUGGCCUUUGUGGAGUUUUCCUCCAGCCCCCAGCCGAAGAGCGACGUGCCAGAAGAAAAAGACCAUAAUAAACCGGAAAAUGAAAUGAGUGGAAAAGUGGAGUUGGUGCUGUCACAAAAGGUGGUAAAGCCAAAAUCUCCAGAACCAGAAGCAACCCUGACAUUUCCAUUUCUGGACAAAAUGCCUGAAACCAACCAGUCACAUUUGCCAAAUCUCAAUUCUCAAGAGUCACCUGGCACUGCCAGCGUUCCGCUGAGAGUUCAGAACUCUUGGCGACGUUCCCAGUUUUUCUCCCAGUCAGUGGAUUCUCCAAGCAGUGAAAAGUCACCUGUAACCACACCUCAGUUUAAGUUCUGGGCUUGGGACCCAGAAGAGGAGCGCCGGCGGCAAGAAAAAUGGCAACAGGAGCAGGAACGUUUGCUCCAGGAGAGAUACCAGAAGGAGCAGGACAAGCUGAAAGAAGAGUGGGAAAAGGCCCAAAAGGAGGUGGAAGAAGAAGAACGCAGAUACUAUGAGGAGGAGCGCAAAAUAAUUGAAGACACUGUGGUUCCAUUUACUAUUUCUUCAAGUUCUGCAGACCAGCUAUCUACAUCCUCCUCUGUGACUGAAGGCAGUGGAACAGUGAAUAAGAUGGACCUGGAAAACUGUCGAAAAGAACAAGAGACAAGACAGAAGACACCAUUCCAGGGGGACAACAAUGACUUAUUGGUUAAGACUAGGGAAAGUGAUCGACUGGAGGAAAAGGGCAGCCUAACUCCUGGGGCCUUGACUGAUUCUGAGAACCCUGUAUCAAAAGGAACCCAUCAAGAUGAUCAGCUGGAUACCGAAGCUGGGGCCCCACAGGGUGGGAUGAACCCACAGCUAGUUCAGGAUCCAUCCCGGAAUCAGCAGGUAUCCAACCCAACAAUGAGCAUUGUAGAAGAUGUGAAGCCAAAAUCCCUCCCAUUGGAUAAAACCAUUAACCAUCAGAUUGAGUCUCCGAGUGAAAGACGGAAGAAAAGCCCUCGAGAGAACUUCCAGGCGGGGAACUUGUCCUUCUGUCCUCCCACCCCUCCUGGCCAGUCACCAAACAGGUCUAUAAGUGGGAAGAAGCUGUGCUCUUCCUGUGGGCUUCCUCUGGGGAAAGGAGCUGCCAUGAUCAUCGAGACCCUCAAUCUCUAUUUUCACAUCCAGUGCUUUAAGUGUGGGAUUUGUAAAGGACAGCUUGGAGAUGCAGUGAGCGGGACGGAUGUUAGGAUUCGAAAUGGUCUUCUAAACUGUAAUGAGUGCUACAUGCGAUCCCGAAGUGCUGGCCAACCCACAACAUUGUGACGUGGUUUUCAACCUUCCAGGUCACUCACCAUUUAUUAACAGUGUCCCCUGGCAAUUGUUUAACAGAAUCCCAGGUUCAGGGGCUCCUCGGCAUUCAUCUAACUUCUGAAAGGCUAUUCUAAAAGAUGGUAUCUGUUCUUUUGUAGCACAGUGUUUGUGUUUUUCCUGUAUUUUUUUGUUUUUUUUUGUUUUUGCAUUUGCACAGUAUAUACAAAAGAAUAUUGAAUUGUGAUGAUUCUGAAUAGUUCAAAAAAGGGUCUUAGCAUGGUCAAAUAGGCUUAUGGUUUAAAAUGUGUCAUUCUCUUCUUUGAGAGUUAAUAAGAUAAACGAUUCAAUAAACCUGUUUUGUUUUAGUAUUUCUAGGAAUUAAACGCUUUAUGUUUACAAAAUUGAGCUGCAGAAAGUGCAAGACAUGCCAAUUGAGAUAUGUGGUCUUGUAAGACAGGAGCAUACAAUUAAUGCAUUUCAGAAACUAAAAAUCACAUCAUAUAGCUCUGAGCUAUAACUUGUUUUUUAAUGCAAAGACAUUAGUCUGAUAAAUAUAUACUGUAAUCCUGAAAUAUUUGUGUUACUUACCUCUUGAGGUAGAAGUCAUACCAAUAAAUUAUUGCACCGUUAGUAUUAGGUUUUGUGUACUUCGGAAGUUAUGUCAUUAACAGAGGCUCUUCCAUCAAAUAAAGAGAACCUUUGCAAUAUCAGCUAGACUUACACUCUUUGACAUUGCCCAAGGGUAGGAAGAAACCAGAGGGAAAUAUUUAAGUCAUCAUUUCCAAAGUGAUUACCAAAAUCUGUGAGGAGGUUUAAUCUUCAGAAGAGUGGUUGGUCACUGCUGGCCGUAAGGGCUUUGUUGCUUGCUUCUUGCUUCUCUUCAGGCUCUAGAUUCAAUAAGAGACUCAAUAUAAGGCAGAUGGAAGCUGUCAUCAAGAUAAGUCCAUCAUGAGGUGAGACCUCUGCUCACCCUUGCCUGCAAGUUCUCCUUGAGGGCCUGAAGCACAGGUGUCUAAAGAAAAGCAUUCAGUUCAUCCUAAUAGAAUCUAAAUGACACAGGAUGUGAUAAGCCACUGGUGUGUAAUCAGCAAGAACCCACAGGUCACAUGUGCCCUGCCCACUCUAACGGAAGAUCUGCUCUCCUUCAUUCUCUGGCAUCGCCCGCCAACUCUCUUCCUACCAAGAAUGCUGGACCUUGCUCAUGGAGGUGUUUAGAGAGGAACUCCUGUGGAGAGCUGGUUAAUUUUUGCCCUGUGUGAUGAUUUCAGCUGGCCAAGAGAGGACUCAAGUUACUAAAAAAAAAAAAAAAAAAAUCACGUUUUACAUCUCCAGGCUGUUUUCUUUAAGACUGGGGAGAGAGGAACUAUUUAUUCUGCCUUAAAAUGAUGGCAAAUAAGUGAAGAUGACAUUUUGUGAAUGUAGACUAUGGAUAUCCUCCUAAUAGGUUAAUGUAGUCAUAAAAGGAGAUCAAGUAGAUGUUUUUCUGUUAUGUAAGCAAUAAUUUUUUUUCUGUGUCUUCCUGAGUAUGGCUAGCAAUUAUUUAUUUACAUGCUAGAUGGUUCUCUGCAUGCGGGUUCCAUGUAAGUGCAGAAAUUUCCUCAGCCACUGGAGGUAUUUUGACCAUUUUGUCAUUUGGAUGAGCUGUUGUUAGAUUGGAAUUUAUACAUCAUUUCAUUAAAAAUUGUGCCUUAGAAGAUGCGAAGCUGUUGCACACAGUCAGUGAUGAAUUAUGGAUGCAGUACAUUGAAGAGAGAUGAAGUCACUUCCAAGUUCCCAAGACUUCUCAUGGAGCUGUUUUCUGUUUUACAGGGGGAAAAAAAAAAAACUAAAAAAAAGAAAAACAGAAAAAAUUAAAAAGAAAAACAUUUUGAAAAUGUACAGAUUAAGUUCAAUAUUUUGAUUAACCACCUGCAUGUUUUAUUAAAUAUUUUGAUAAUGUGAUGUUUACACUUUGCAUGAUAUUAGCAGAGUACUUUACCAGAAAUAAUGCACAAAACAUGUACAAUAUGAUCAUUCAUAACCGAUUUUUAUAGAAUACUUUUUACAUGUGGAACUCCAUCCGUUAUGUGAGGAUUAUAUGAAUAUUGCACAUUCUCUUCUGGUUUCACAAACCCAUUUAUACAUAUUUCUUAGUGAGACUCAUUGUACAUGUAUUGAAGCUAGAAUCGAGUCAAAAAAAAUAAAGCCCAUUCUCCAACUGCGAAAUGUGCUUUCCCAUAAUGAACAAUAGUCACCAGCACAAUAAUCUCCAACAUUUUCUAAAUUCUAAUUGCCAACUGUUUCUAUUUAUAUUUGAUUUAUAUUUCAUUUAGAGUCUGUUACAUGGCAGCUCGGGCAGACUAGAUCUUGUUUUUCCAGUGCAGCGUAAUGAGUAUGAUCUAUUUCUUUUCAAAUAAUCUUUGAGAUCCCAGGAAAAAAAAAAUGCUCUACUCUGUUGAGCUACAAUGUAAAUGUGUUUGCUUAAAAAACAUAUGAGGCAAGUGAGUGAUUUAUUGUUCCUGAGGAAGUAUAUCUGAUUUUUUUUCUCAUAUUCCAAAAGCUAGUCCCUUCUCUUUCUUAAGAAAAAAAUGGGUAACUCUGUUUUUCACUAGCAAACUUUCAUGACAUUUCCUCAUUCUUUCUAUGUAGUGUUAUUAAUGCAAUACAUAUUAUAGUUAUCUAUACACAGUGUAAGAAGACUUAACAAAUUGAAAUGAUCCACCUCAUAUGUGAGUCCGUCCAAAAGAUGUUACUGUGCUGGGUGGGCCAAUGUUCUAUAUCAGUUUCACUAACCUUCAUUUAAAAUAUUUAUUCUAAAAUGCCUCUGAGAAAUAGUAAAAAAAUAAAUUGUCUAAAAUGCAACAGCUUUUAUAGUAAAUGUACAUUUAUAAAUAAAUACUCAAAUCAA